AUGGAUCAUUUUGAUGCAUCAGUGCACGCGCAACUCCUUGCUAAACGACUGGGCGGUAAACAGGUUUUGGCGCACCGUGGCUCCAGAAAACAGAGCUGUCACCAGCGCUUUAGCGCUCGUUGUUUCGGUUGUAGUUCAAAUAUCGCGGAUGACAUUGCAAUUUUAAUUGAAAUCGUGAAAUGUGAAGUGGUUUUGGAGCCGAUUUUUUCGUCGUUGUAUGAAAUUAUAAAUUACGCAUCUGGUCCACGUUCGACCGCCAUGACUGGUCUCACUAUGGACGCAGUUAUGCGUCGCUUCCAAGAUAUCCAUAGUGUUUCACAAGAAGCUAUCGAAACAAUUUCGCUUUGGGUUAUGCAUUACAAGGACAAGAGAUCUAUUGAUACAAUCGUUGAAGCGUGGCUUGAGACUAAGAAGGAUGAGCAACGGAUAGCACUAUUUUACGUAAUGAACGAUGUUGUUCAACGAGCUAAGAAUAAGCAUAUGGAUGUGCUUAUUCCUGCUUUCCAACCUGCAGUACUCAGCGCUGUUACGAUGGGGAAAGGAUCCCCUAGCGUGAAGCAGGUUAUGAGCCGCUGCAUUGACAUUUUUGGAGAACGUCAAGUUUUCACAGAAGCUAGCGUUAACGUCAUGAAGAAUAUGCUUCGUAAGUGCGAUUGUGAGCUUUUCACUGCAUUAGAACAAAAGUUUGAAGAAUGUAAAACUUUCUAUGCUUCUCGUCUCAGACAGUCGGAAGAAAACGGCGAAGGAGAUGAAAGUUUUGCGGAACUUGAUUCGGAGGAAGUAUACAGAAAAAUUGAACUUUUUGAACGUGGACGACUCAUUGUGAAUCGUGGAAUGGAAGUGAUUCGAAACGGCGAUUUUGACUGUAGAGCAUUAAUGAAAGAACGCAUGAGGGGUGAUUUUGUCAUUUUAAAUCAACUUGGUCACACCAUGCCUUUACAUCGCUUUUUUUCGCAAAAGACCCCUAAAAAACUUCAUCCUGCCAUUUUCUUUUCUUUCUGUGUUCUAUGGUAUGCUUAUUUCUUCUUAAAACUUCAGAAUCAGAGAAAUUUGCUUAGCUCAUUGCUUAGCUAGAA